AUGAAUUCAUGCACAAAGGAAUUUUAUGAUAACCUUUUAACAUAUUUUAUCAAUUACGACCUUUCAUCAUUUAAUGUACGAAUCAUACCGAUGACUGAAGCCAAACAAGAUUUAAUUGAAUUAUCAACAAAUCCUUUAGAUGUAUGGAUAAAUACACAUUAUGAUGAAUUGUGUGCAGGUAUGACGUGUGAAAAUGCUCUAUUCUGCAAACCAUCAGACAUGAAAGACAAAAACUUUCAAAUGAGCAUUAAAGAUAAAUGUGAUAAGAAACAGAGAAGAAUAGAUGGUAAACAAACAUGUUGUUAUGUUUUGAAAGAAGAAAUGAAAGGAUUAUAUAAACAGGUUGAACCAAACGAUAAUGAGGAUUCAUUUACUGACGAUGAAAUACCUGUAAAUGAAGCUUUAUAA